AUGCCAUCGGAAAUACUUGCCAGUCACGGUCUAAUUAGUGAGCAGUGUUCUCAACUAGCAGUUGCAUGUCGAGUUCGCAUAGAAAAUGAUGCCGUUAUGUGGUACACCUCAAAAUUAUAUGAUCGAAACCAGUUGGCUUGCAUGAUGAGAAAUGAGUAUGGUACAACAGAUCGAUCAGGUUGCAAGAAAAGGCCAUCCGGAAGUAUUCGAUGCUGGUGUUAUGGUCAGAGUAAUUGUAACAAUCCCGAAAAUAUGGUUCGAUUAUAUGAAGCCUUCAAGUUCAAUGAUGCAGAUGUGUUAGAUGAAGUUAUCGAUGAUAUUGAAACUUCAGGUACAUUUUGUUAG